CAGUGCUUACCCUACUCAUCUUAUAGUGGUGCUAAUGACAGUGAAUAAAGAGUUUAUGGAUUUAUGAAAAAUAAACCACACAUCGUCAAAUAUGAUUACUUCACGCUAAGCAAAACAAAUACUAAAGAUUAUUAUGAAGAGCAUUUUGUUACAUUUGAAAAGUGCUUAGUAGCAGUAUCUACUGAUAAUAGGGAUGCUCAUUUUAGUAGCGCAAUAUCGAAACACCGACUUUUUUGCAAUAUCAAAACGAAAUUGAGCAAAUGUGAAUUAGCCGGUAAGAAAACCUUCUGUACACUGAAAAGUGAGAUAAAUAAAUAAAUAAUGAUACAUCCAGUGACGCCCCUACUGAUAUCCCUGACGGUAUACUUAUUGAUAUAUCGCACUUCAAUCGUACCCCUAAUGGUAUUUAUAAUGGCACUCCCACUGGCGUCCCGGAUGAUACCCUUACUGGUAUCUCGAGUGCCCAUUCAAGAGGAUGACUGCUUGUCUUCAUUACAUGCCAGCAAACCCCCAAACCUUUUUUCUGUAGACAAAUAACUAACUAAAGAUAAAGUUUAAAUUUUAUGCCAUUUAAUGUAGAGUGGAAGACCGAAAUAAUGUUUUGACCAAGAUUUUUGUGGAUGUACAAUCGCUUUUUCAGUAUGUUGACGGACAAUUAUGUAAUACGUGAAUUUCGGUCUCGAAAAUCGUUGAAACGUUUACAUCUCUAGCUUGCAAACGCUAUGCAGGGACUAGAUAGUUUCUACACUCUACAACAAAAUAUUAACUUCUCGGGACUCGCACGUAAUACAAAGACACACACUUGCAAAUGCAUGGCAGCUAAAGGAGAAGGCCCACUUCAAGCAGCCGUUCGAGCGUUCACCACAAAUAAAUUACGAGCUAAAUGAAUCAUUUUCUAUCUUACGCUUCUAAAAAGCUCUCGAAGAGCGGGUCUGGAGGAAUGUAGUCCCACAUAUGAUCGCAGGAAACUUUUUCUGAUCUGCAUGUAUCAAAAACUGUUAUAAUAUUUUUUAAAUUCGGUUGGAUGAUUAAUUUAAUUUGUGGUUAUAAAAAACGCCGCAUGACGCCGCUUUUAAGGGAGGCAGGCUUAGCAAGAUAUUUUAUAUAUGUAGAUAAGUUCGAUCCGAUCUUUUUUGGUCCACUCUGUGAUGAAUUUUGUGUAAAAAUCUUGUGUCCUUAACAAAAAUUUGGAUUACAUCUCUAUUAAAGAAUUCGAUGGAAAUAUUAUCGUCUGUACAACCAGGUUUCGCCAAGGGUUUAUUUUUAACGAAAAAAGUCGCAUUCUAUAUUUUACUCAACCCUUAAUGUUCUAUUAUAGGGUAUUCCAAGAAGAAAAGGGUAAAGUGGGAUGAAGUGACCGCCUGGGAAAAUUCAAGGCGGCUCUAGCUGGCUCAAGAAAGAUUCUCUAACAGUCUAUGUGUGACCGGAAACAUUUUGUGAUCUCAGUUGACUUUCUUCCAGGCACAUAAAUACUGAGUACCUUGAGAAUAUUCUGUGGGAUGGUUUGGCUUUGGUCAAUCAAAGAUUCGUGCAUUUAAAUGUUCUUCUAGUACUUAUUAGAGUAUCUGAAGGCAUCUUAAAGCAUAAACAGACGGCAGCGUUCAUCCGGAUCAACUCGGGAAUUAACUGUAGUUGAUCUGGAUUAAGUCCGAGAUAAACGCUGUCGUCUGUUUAAGCUUUUAGGUGUAAAAGACUAUUGACUCUUUUAAGGUACACAAAAGCUCUUUAAGCACGCAGUCUCACCUCUCUCUGCUAUACCUAAUUCUUUAAAUAACUAACUAGUCUUAAGUUCACAGACAUAAGAACCCUUAAGCUUUGGAGAAAAAUUAAAACACUAAUUUAAAAAAAAUUUAAAUUGCUAAUUUCAGAUGCUUGGAAGUUUAACAGUUACACGAUAAAGUGAAAUAUAUCUUUACUUUGUACGUAUCAAACUAUUUUACUUUGUAGAACAGUGUUUUUCGGUGCAUUGCUAAUUGUUUAGAGUGUAAAUAGGUUUUUCAAAGCAAUGUGCGCUCUUAAUCAGAUAUAAACAUAUAUAUAUAUGUGUGAAUGUAUUGCAUGGAAAAUAUUUAGUUUGCGGCGUUUUGCCUAAAAUGCGCUGGAGUAGUGAUUCGCCGACCAGCAACGAUGGCAGCAGCACAGAAAGCGCGUCAUAUUUUAAAACUUUCUACACAGGAGCAAAAGGCUUUUGUCGACUCUUUUGAUGUGGUGAUGUGUGAUUGUGAUGGCGUGAUGUGGAUGAUCACUACACCACUACCUGGAACUGGUGACGCCGUGAAUUCACUAAAGGCGGACGGUAAGCAGGUGCUGUUCGUGACAAAUAAUAGCAUGCGAUCGGAUGAGGAAUAUGUAAACAAAUUUACUGAUAUCGGCGUAAAGGAUUUUCAAAAGGAUGAUCUUAUACAACCAGCCAAGUCUAUGUUAUACUAUUUGAAAAAGUACAACAUCAAGCAGCCGGUAUUUUCAUUGUGCAGCGACCCCGCCAAUGAAAUAAUUCGAAAUGGGGGCAUAGAAGUGAUCACACUGGACACACCACCCAAAAUCGCAGUUGACAAACUGCCAGAAGUGACGCAACCGAAACGAAAUGUUGGCGCAGUCUUAUACGAUAUUAAUAUUAACUUGAAUUAUGCGCAAAUAUGCGCAGCUACCCGUUAUUUACAGGAUAAAGAUUGUGUCUUCAUUACCGGCGGUACAGAUUGGCUCUUGCCGGUGACAGCAGAUUUAAUAGUGCCAGGAUUUUGUGACACUCUCGAAACCAUCAAGAGGUUUACGCACAAAGACGCUAUAAUAGUCAGCAAACCGGCGGCGUUAUUGGGCGACAUAGUCAAGGACGUCUACAACUUGAAAGAUCCAAAACGUUGCCUCUUUGUUGGCGAUUCUUUGACACUCGACAUACGCUUCAGCUUAAAUGUUGGCUUUCAGUCGUUGCUCGUGCUGACUGGUACUACUACAAAACAGGAAAUGCUGGACGCCAGCAUUGACCGGCAGCCUGAUUAUUACGCGGACGGCAUUGCUGAUUUCAUUAAAUUGUAUGAAAACAUUAAUGGGGCUUAAAAUGGGCAUACAGGGUGGUCCAUAUGAUGGUUUAAAUAUUUAAAAGAAAAAUUAAAUUUUUUUUAUAUCUUUUUCCUUUAAUCGGAAGAGCAAACAUUCCAUUAUUUAUGGAGCACGAUUUCAUUCAUGUGGCUUCCUCGGCGGGCUUCGCAAUAUCACAUCCUAUUAAUCCAGUAUUCAAAGACCUAGGUGAAGGUUUCUGGCUAUAUCUCACGAAUGGAUUGUUUGACACUCGUCUUAAUCAUUAUUGAAUUAUUCGCAUAACAUCGGUUCUUCACAGCAUCCCACAAAGAGUCCAACGGCGUUAAAUCGCAACUCCGAGGUGACCAGUUGAUAACGCCGAAAUUACCGAACUUGUCGCGCAAAAGAUCGAUUGUGGUAUGGGCUGUUUGACAUGGUGCGCCACCCUGCUUAAAGCAAAGAUCAUUCAAGUCCAUAUCUCAAAUUUACGAUCACAAAAAAUCAUUUAUUGACUCUCUGUCAAGUUUUUCAGUGGGAAAGAGCUCAACGUCAAAAUAGAAUAUGAUUAAAAUAGGACUUUCUGGACCACCCUUUAUAAUUUUUAAAAUUAAUGCAACAUAUUUAGUAUAUAUGUAACCGAAUUAGUAAGAAACUAAUAUUUUUCUAAUUAAUUGAUAUUUUAACUACGUUAAUUAAAUAACAUAUAUAUUUGUUAAUUUUUAGAUAAUUAUUAACUAAAGUAUAAUUGUUCGAAAAUAGCUAAGACAAAACACAAAAUCGAUUCCAAUAUUUCACUCACGGAUAACGACCUUUACCAGGGGCUUAUUUCAUAUAAGUGACAAGUGCGACAAUUGCCGAUUUUUCUAUAAAAUUUCACUGCCAGAAUUAUCGGCGACAUUUUUUCAUACA